GUUGAUUAUAUCGAACAUGUCUAGUCCAGUGGAAGGACAGCAGCAGCAGCCUCCUAAGGAGGAGCUCACCGAGAAGGAGCUUGCCAAGCUAGAGAAGAAGAGAGCCAAGGAAGAGGCUAAGCGACAAAAGGAGGAGGCCAAGGCCGCCCGUCUAGCUGAGGAGAAGCGCCGUUUGGAAGGUCCUGAUGUACCCUACUCAGAGUUGGUCACUGGUGACCAGAAAUUCGGCCAUACUUUUAUCCAAUCUCAAGUGAAGUCCCUCGGGCGUAAGUUCACUAAGGUAACGCAUUUGGAUGCCACCAUGAAGGACCAGAAGGUCUGGAUUAGAGCUAGGUGUCAGAACACUCGUAAACAGGGUGGAAAGUUAUCCUUUGUGACCUUGAGACAGGGUCUUGGUACGGUACAAGUGGUUGUAUUUGGUGGUGACAUCGCCAAGUUCGCCGGUAACCUUUCCAAGGAGUCGGUGGUUGACCUCUAUGGCACUGUUACUGUCCCUGAGGAGCCGAUCCGAUCUACUACACAGUCUGAGGUGGAACUCCAGGCUGAGCGCAUUUUCUGCAUCAGUCGGGCCCAGGCCUUACCUUUGCAGUUUGAGGAUCUAGAGAGGACUGAGGCUGAUGUCGAGGCUGGUGAGGGCGCCCGUGUGUCCUUGGAUACACGUUUGGAUAACCGUGUUAUCGAUUUGAGGACUAAGGCGAAUCAGGCCAUUCUCAGGGUGCAGUCCGGCGUUUCUAUGUUAUUCAGGGAGUUCCUUAUCCAAAAAGGUCUUGUCGAGAUUCACACUCCUAAGCUACUGGGUGCUGCCUCAGAGGGCGGUGCUGAUGUCUUCAAGGUCCAGUACUUUGAGCGUAACGCUUAUCUGGCUCAGUCGCCUCAGCUGUAUAAGCAGAUGGCUUUGAUGACGGAUCUACCUGGUGUUUUCGAGAUUGGUCCUGUUUUCCGUGCUGAGAAAUCCCUCACUUUCCGACACAUGACGGAGUUCGUCGGCCUUGAUAUGGAGAUGCGAUUUGCCGAUAACUACCACGAGGUGCUGGAUGUUAUUGACGGCACCUUCGACCAUAUCUUCCAUGGUCUCAACGAGAGGUUCUCCUCGGAGUUGGAGGCUAUCAGAGCUCA